GUCGCUGAGCUGAAUCUUUGUGGUGUGGAGCUGAGUGGGGCGGGAGUCCUCCGAGUAGUCUGGAAAAUUAGACUUCUGAGCCUUAAUUUAUACUCGCCAUCAGUGAAGAGAAAGAGUGGGAGAAAAAGGUUUGAGGAGAGAAGCCUACUCUAUGUGAAGACUGUGAGGAUGAAGACCUUUAUGAUGAUCCAUUUCCAUUUAAUGAGUAGAUUUUCACUAACCUUGGACCAUAUAUUUGCCAGGAAGAAUGUAAGUUCUCCAACAUCUUCAAAUAAAGAAGUGGUUAUGAAGAAUGAUCAGAAUAAUGGAGAUAUGAAACCAGUCCAGAAUUUCACAACAGUGCCAAUCACACAGGCUCUCAACUACAAUCUGAGCAAAGAAGGGCAUUUAGAAAAAGAACCUUGGAAUGCAUUCAGCCAUCAUGGCCCAGUUAAUGUCUCCAUCGACAGAAUUCCUUGCAUUCUCUUCUGGGCCAAAAGAAUAAUGAUUAAAUUUAAGAACCAAACCUGGCUGGACCUUACAGAUGAGACAUUUGGUCAGAAGGUAACAGUGGACCCUGACAACCCAAAUUGCAGUGAAGAAAGUGCUAGGUUGUCUUUGAAGCUUGGUGAUGCUGGAAACCCUAGAAGUCUUGCUAUAAGAUUCAUCCUUACCAAUUACAACAAGUUGUCCAUGCAGAGUUGGUUUAGUUUGCGCCAAGUCGAGAUCAUUUCCAACAAUUCAAUCCAAGCAGUCUUUAACCCAACUGGCGUAUAUGCUCCCUCUGGUUACUCCUACCGCUGCCAACGUGUGGGCAGCCUGCAGCAGGACCAGGCCCUCUUGCUGCGCAGCGACACAGAUGAUGGGUCGAGCCUAUGGGAGGUCACUUUUAUUGAUUUCCAGAUCCAAGGUUUUGCCAUCAAGGGGGGAUGAUUUACCAAGGCCCAAGACUGCACCUCCUCCUUCUCACCAGCUCUUCUGAUCGGCCUGGCAAUGUCCCUGAUCCUGCUGCUGGUGUUGGCCUACGCCCCGCACAUGCUCAUCUACCUGCGAUAUCUGGACCGACAAUACGAUCUCAUCGCCUCUCCUGCCCACUUCUCGCAGCUGAAACCUCGAGACACAGCCGAAGAGAAGGAGCUGCUGAGGAGCCAGGGGGCUGAAUGGCACUUGGACUAGUACCCUGCAUGAAAGUUCAUUUCAAGGCAAACAGAACAAUAUUCUUGGAAUGGGAGGAAAAAGCUUCGAGUUUGAACAGAGUUGGGGUCUCCCAAAGUUGCCAAUGCUGGUCUCCAACUCCUGGCUUCAGGUGAUCCUCCCACAUCAGCCUCCCAAAGGGUUGGGAUUACAGGCACGAGCCACUAUGCCCAGCCCAGAUGAUUCUUAUGAGAAUCUCAGCCUCUUUUGAGAUAAUCUGAAGAAGACACCCAGACACUCAUGAGUUAGCUCGAUGUAACUGCAUUAAAAAAAAUCACAAGCAAUUUAAUCACAAGAAAUGGAAGAGGAGAGAAUUCCCUAAUGGCUGUUGCUGUUACAAAGUGCCUGCUCCUGCUUCAACUUCCACCAUGAGUAAAAGCUUCCUGAGGCCUUUCCAGAAGCAGAUGCUAGUGGUAUGCUUCCUGUAAAGCCUUCAGAACUGUGAGCCAAUUUAAUCUCUUUUCUAUAUACAUUACCCAGUCUCGGGUAUUUCUUUAUAACAAUGCAAGAAUGGCCUAAUACAGAAAAUUGGUACAAGGAGUGGGGUAUUGCUAUAAACAUAUCUAAAAAUGUGGAAGAAACUUUGGAAGUAGGUAACAGGCAGAGGUUGGAAAUACUUGGAAGGCUCAGGAGAAGAAAAGAAAAUGAGAGAAAGCUUUGAUUUUCUUAGAGACUGGUUAAAUGGUUGUAACCAAAAUGCUGAUGGUGAUAUGGAUAGUAAUGUCCAGGCUGCUGAGAUCUCAGCAGCAGAGGAACUUAUUGGGAACUGGAGCAAAGGUCAUGCAUGUUAUACCUUAGCAAAGAACUUGGCUGCAUUGUCCCCCUACCCUAGGGAUCUGUGGAAGUUUGAACUUCAGAGUGAUGAUUUAGGGUAUCUGGCAGAAAAACAUUUCUAAGCAGCAAAGUGUUCAAAAUGUGGACUGUCUGCUUCUCUGCUUCUAACAGCUCAUCCUUAGAUGCAGGAGCAAAUAAAUAACUUGAAGUUGGAGUAAUAUUCAAAUAGGAAUUAAAAUGUAAAGUUUGGAAAUUUUUCAGCCUAGCUAUGUGGCAAAAGAAGAAAA